GGCGGCACUCCUUUUUGUAGUAAGAUUUUUAGUUUUUUGGAAACCUUACCCCCCAUUUUCUUAGGAAGAGGGGAGAAAUUUUUUUCGAUCCGAAACUUGAUCCGAAGAAAAUUUUGGGAACCUGCUCUUCUAUGAAAGACCGGAUCUAUGUUUGGCGACCGGUUAAUUUUUGCCUGUAGCGGUGGCUUAUAUGGAGGAGAGAAUUCUCACAAUCCACCACCGCCACAACCAUUACUCAAAUAAGUUCACGUGCAGUUGAGUCGCUACAGGCAAAAACUUGUUACUUAUUAAAAGUUGUUACUUAUCGCCAACAGAACCCUAGUCGUAUCUACAAAAUCUUCGGGAAAGGAGGAGUAGCGAGAUGGAUGGGGAAGAGUAGGGGGAGGUGAGUGGGCUAAUGAUAAAAGUUGUUGCUUAUCCAUGGGCAACAACUUGGGCAACAAGCUUUUUAAAAUUUAUUUCGGCACACACCCCUUGUUAUAUACGGAAGGCGUUUUUCCUCUCCUCUAUCCUUCUAGCCUAACUUAAAUUCAAAAUAAUUUUAAUUUUCAGAAAUUAUUCAUUGGAGGACUAGGCCAAAUAGAUGACAACACUUUAAAACAAUAUUAUUCUCAAUGGGGACAAGUUGUCGAUUGUAUAGUUAUUCGAGAUCCAACAACUCGAAGUUCUAGAGGAUUUGGAUUUGUUACGUAUACAACUGCGGAAAUGGCAGAUGCUUGUAUAGCAGCACUUCCCCACAGAAUUAAUGGAAAGAAUGUAGAUGCAAAAAGAGCUGUUCCAAAAGAAAAGAUGAAUCCAAUUGUAAAAACUGAGGCGCUUCCAGAAUUUUUGUCCCUCGAACUAGCCCCAAAUUGCCGUCUUCAACUUUCUGGAUUAAAUUGGGAAUGGCAUACUCUUGAUACAAUGAGAGCACAUUUUGAACAGUUUGGACCUGUUGAACAAUUAGAAAUGGUAGCCUUUCCUCGUGGUUAUGGUUUUCUUUCAUUUGAAACUCAAUCAGCAGUUGAUCGUUGUUUAGCUUUUGGGUUAGAACAAAUUGUUAAUGGACAUUCUGUGGAUAUUAAGCUAGCAACACCCGAUUCGCUCGAAACUUUAAUUCAAACAACUAAUCAACAACAACAAAAUGCAGCUACAAUGACUGAUGAUAAUUGUUUUGAUGAUGAUGUAAAACAACAACACCCUUCAAGUCGCCCUCAUUCUUCAGCCUCAAGUUCAGUAUUUGAAAGUGAUGAAAAUUUUAAUAAUUGUUGGAAAAAAGGAGGAGGAGGAGGGACAUCAGAAAAGAAGAUAAUAAAUAAAGAACCUCUUUUAUUGAGGAAUGAAGAAGAAAUUAAAAAAGAGGAGAAAAAUGAUAAAAAUUAG